UCACAGCGGGAGGAAAGUCCGGCUUUAUGUGGGUGGAUGUAGCGGCAGGAGAGCUGGGUGGCUGCCCCCUCUAGUGGGAGGAGAAGUCUGACAAGGAGUUUACAUGGGACACCAAAGUGAGUGGAAGUUGCUCUGUUCCCAGCUGUUACUGUGUGCGAUACUGACAUGCAGAGCUGUACCCGCCUUCAUCUGCCUCUUCAAAUAGAAGCACCGAGCGCACCGCCGUCCCAUCAGCACCCGCAACCCCCUGCACGGAACUCACCAGCCGCUUUAUUCUAUCAUUUAUUGCAAUGAGCAUGGGGGCACCGCUGCCGGACCAUCCCUUGUGAGAAAGUUCAGUCACAGUCAGUCGCAGACGCACAUUGCCGGCAGACUAACGACUCCUUUGCACUUGCUCAAUGUGGAAGCGCUGAAGUGGAGUGCGGGAAGCACGAUGUGGGGGGCCAGGGCAGUUUUCCUGUGCUUGUUGGGCACAUUGCUGUGGCACCAGGUCCUGACUAGGAGAAUCCCUGUAGACACGGGUCAGUGUGGGCUGCCCAAAUCGCAAGAAGAGCUGAAUUCUUUUCUGUGGACCAUAAGGAGGCAUCCACCUGCCUAUCUAUUUGGAACCAUACAUGUGCCAUAUACAAGAGUAUGGGACUUCAUACCCCAGAACUCCAAAAAGGCUUUUCAUGACAGCAACAGUGUAUACUUUGAGCUGGACCUCACUGAUCCAUACACGAUUUCAGCUCUGGCACACUGUCAGAUGCUUCCACAAGGGGAAAACCUGCAGGAUGUGCUACCCAGGGAUCUGUACCGGAGACUAAAGAGGCACUUGGAGUAUGUCAAGCACAUGAUGCCUCACUGGAUGACCCCAGACCAGAGGGGAAAGGGUCUCUAUGCCGAUUAUCUCUUUAAUGCCAUUGCUGGGAACUGGGAGAGAAAGAGACCUGUGUGGGUGAUGCUGAUGGUAAAUUCUUUAACAGAAGCUGAUAUCAGGUCUAGAGGCGUCCCGGUCCUGGAUCUAUAUUUAGCACAGGAAGCUGAUCGGAUGAAGAAGAAAACUGGGGCUGUUGAGAAGGUGGAAGAACAGUGUCAUCCUCUCAACAGGUUAAACCUUUCCCAGGUUUUGUUUGCCCUAAAUCAAACAUUGUUGCAACAUGAAAGUCUACGGGCAGGAAGUUUCCAAGCUCCAUAUACCACAGAGGACCUUAUCAAACAUUACAACUGUGGGGACCUCAAUGCUGUGAUAUUUAGCCAAGAUUCUUCCCAGCUCCCACAUUUUAUUAACACCACUCUUCCCCCACAUGAACAAGUAACGGCACAAGAGAUUGAUAUCUACUUCAGGCAAGAACUGAUCUACAAGAGGAAUGAGAGGAUGGCAAGGAGAGUGAUUUCACUUCUUAAAGAGAACAAUGACAAAAGUUUCUUUUUUGCUUUUGGUGCAGGUCACUUCCUUGGAAAUAACACAGUAAUUGAUGUUUUAAGACAAAAUGGAUAUGAGGUCGAGCACACUCCAGCAGGACAGACAUUUACUGGGACAAAACCCAAAACAAAUCCAACCUCAGAUGAGUCCAUGGCAACUGAUUCUUCUGCAAUGAAAUAUUUUGAUCAUGUCCCUGUGACACCUUCCUUUCUUGGCGAGUCAGAUGAAGAGAUGCUGCCCCCACACCUCCUGUUGCCGGACAGUAUUAGUCAGCUGGAAGAGUUUGGAAAGCAGAAUAGCUGGCAUCGGAAGCAUCACCGGAAUCAAAGACCAAGACAGUUUAAUGACCUUUGGGUCCGUCUGGAUGAUAGUACAACAACAUUGCCAUCAUAUACUAGGAACACCAACGGAGAACAGUCUGCAGAGUCGUUGGUUUGGCUGCCUAAGCAGGAUCAUCAAAAUUACUUGGAUGUUAAACUAUCCCAUUCUCAGAGCAAUUCAUCUCCCAAGUGCCUAUCAGCAUCCCUUGCCUUACUCUAUACUUUAGUAACUUUGUGCAUUAUAACAACAAUGAGAACAGGAUCAUGACUUGAUGUUCUUAGCAAGAGCGGCAAUGGCAACAAAGCUUAUAAGCUAUCAAGUAUAUUUCUUUAACAAAGAGGCAUAGAUGGAAACAUAUUUGUGCUGUAUUAGCCGUCAAUUUAAACACCAACAUUUUCAGUGGAACUUUAAUCGGCAAAGAAAAGAAUUCACUGUGGAAGAAAAGCAUUACUUAUUUUAGACCCAUUUAGUGUGACCUAAACGAUGCUGUUGAUUUGUUUAUUUCAAUUCAUUGUCGAUCCAUUUGAUACCCUUUCUCGAUGUAUGCAAGAAACAUGGAGUAACUAGUGCUGCUUUUAAGGAAGGUCUGUAAAUAGUUCCCAGAUUCAAACAAACAGAGGAUUACCAAAGUACCAUGUUGAUAUCAUUUGCAAUGUUGUGCAAAAAAAAAACACUGGUGAACUCUAUGUUUACAAGAAACCAUUUUUAAAACAUAAAACUUUCAUGGUUCCCUUACAAAUAUAAGUACUUUAUUUGAUGUGCCCAAUAACAAAAUAUCAUAGUGCAGUUAUUUUCAUUUACGUUUCUAUAUAUCAACCUCCACCCUUAUAAAUAGCUACUUGCUUCAGUCAGUGGGUGAUUUGCUGGUGUUUCAGCCGUUGAUUUUAAACUCAGUUUAGUUCAUUAAUGUUUAUAAAGAUUGCAACCUCAAUGCCAGACGAGAAUCUCGUUGCACAGUGUUACUUCUUCUUAAAUAAAGAAUCAUUGGUAUCAUCAGUGUAGAGAUGUGUAGGGAGAUGGUUUAGAGCAGCCUGUUAGGGAAUGGAGUAUCACUGAGGACUGCCGGCAGCUGACUGUGAACAUUAGGAAUAGGUGAGAAGCUGUACCUAUGAUCACUGGUCUAUGAGAGGAUAACACCAGAAAAGAAUACUGUCAGUUAGAACCCUGCUUAAUCAGCUGAUGCUGCAUUAGAAAUGUUUACUGGGGGCCAAAUGUAAAUACAGAGUAAACUGAAAAGUAUGAUUUUAUAUUUUGAACAAUGUACAAUGAUAUAUUUUUGGAUUUGCUCUCUCUAUUUAGAAUAGAAUACUUAUACUGACUAUAGAAAGGUAUAGGAAUGGAAUGGGGAUUACUACAGUAAAAUAUGUUGUAUAUUAUGAGGCACAGCAAAUGGAGUACUUAUGUUUGUAAGGGAAGUACAAAGGUUUUUAUAUUAUAUGGGUUAUAUUGGUUGCACUGAAAAUGCCUUACAAUACAUUCCACACCUCUAGUCAGAUGCAUAUUCAGAUAUUCAGAUGCAUAAUGUGCUUGAACGGAAUCAAAUAACAGUGUCUAUUCUGAGCAUAUUCAGUUCCAAAGUGCCUAUUGCAAAUAUAACAAAUUGAUAGAUCCUUAUUAAAACACACAGUCAGAUGCAAUGAUUCAUUUAUAUUUUGCAUCAUACCUUCUCUUUGUUCAUAAUCUAACCUUCACCCCUGAAUAAUUAUUGAUAGUCACCAGUUUGCUCUUUAAGUUCUGCCAUUCAAUUGCACAGCAACCUGGUCUUUUAUGUGGGGCUGUACUUCAUCUGCACUGCUAAUAGUGGGAUACAAGUAGUUCAAGAGCUGAGAGUUGCAUUACUGCAACAACUGGAAAGACAAGUGAUCAGUCCCUGCUUUGAGCUCAUUAGAAAUGCUGCUUCCAUCAUUAAAAUCUCCACUAUGACCCAUACAAACAAAAAUUCCUACUGCCUUACAUAAGAAAGAGAAAAGUCAGUACAGGUAUGGGACCUGUUAUCCAGAAUGCUCGGGACCUAGGGUUUUCCGGAUAAUGGAUCUUUCCGUAAUUUGGAUCUUCAUACCUUAAGUCUAUUAGAAAAUCAUGUAAACAUUAAAAAAACCCAAUAAGAUGGUUUUGCUUCCAAUAAGGAUUGAUAAUAUAUUGGUUUGAAUCAAGUACAAGAUACUGUGUUAUUACUACAGAGAAAAAGGAAAUGAUGUUUACAAUUAGGCGUAUGUUAUUAUAAUGGAGUCUAUGGGAAGUGUCCUUUUUAUAAUUCUGAGCUUUUUGGAUAACAGGUUUCAGGAUAACAGAUCCCAUACCUGUACUUGGUUUAAAUCCAGAAGUUCAAAGAUUCAUUUACUUUUAAAGCUGUGUUUCUCUACAAUAUUGCUGGAUGGGCUACAACUUAUAUUGUUAUAUAACUAUUUAAGGCUCCAUCAGUACUGGAAGGAUAAAAUGUCAUAAUGCAAUCACAGAUAUUGUCUUAACAUCUUCUUUUUGUAGAAGGAAUCUUUAUUUCCCAUAGUGCUAUGGGGCUGUGUAAAAUAGUAUAUGUUCAUACAAAAAAGUGUAUUUAUUCUUAUUUUUGAAUUGUACAACAUUUUAUUAAAAUGGUAGUGCCUUAAAUUAGAUAAAUUAAUAUUUUAUGACUUUGUUGCACAAGUUUAUAAAAAAUAAACACAACCAAGACAAAAUGACCAAGGUAAAUAAUAAACAAAGGCUAUCUGA